AGCGGCUCGCGACCCGCCCUGAGCCGACACGUCAGCGGGCCCACGCAGGCAGCGAGCAGCAGCGGCAGCGGCUGACAGAUUGCGCGACCAGGGUAGCGGUUUGUUGAUGGUCGAGGUCGCUGAACUUUGCCUCGCUGGACGGUGUGUGCUGAAUCUCCCUCUGGAAAGCCAUUUGCAUGCCCCGCGGCGUGUCGCCCCGCCGCAUUGUCCCGCAGGAGCUUUUCUUUUCUUUCCUUUUUCUUUUCCUGUAAGGAAUUGUCAAGUCAGACCAAGGUGAGAGGGGGACUUGUGUUGUGCCACUGCAGUUGCGCAAUGCUCGCUGCUCUGCAUGCGCUCUGAGCUGAGGCGACGUGUUAAGAAAAGCUGCUGGUGGUCACUGCAGGGUAACAUCAUGACAGGGGACGCAGUGGUUUUGAGGGGCCUGAGCUGGAUAAAACAGGCAGCUAGCAGAGGCAGCCCCAGCAACCACAGGCUGACUUUCAACACGCAGAUGGACUGCGGCGUCCUCAGAGCCUCGCCAGCUCAGUUCCUCAGAUACUCCACCGUGGGGUCGUACCUCGGCUCCUGCUUCACCGGAGGGGUGAGCAACGCUCACGGGGCGUGCGGCGGACAAAGACCCGGUGCUGGACACACGAGGUACCGCAGGAACUGGUCGGGUCAGCUGUACUCUGGACACACGCGGCUCUUUAACCAGGACAACUCCACAGUGGGGCGGCUGACGGCGGAGGACAUCGAAAAAGCAAGAAGCGCCAAGAAAACCGAAGCAAAGCAGUAUCAACAAGCGCUGAGUGAAAAUGCUCGGGAGAGGAAAGUGCCGGUCACACGGAUAGGAAGGCUGGUCAAUUUUGGAAGUCUGGCGGUCGGACUCGGCAUCGGAGCGAUCGCGGACAUGGCUAAGAAGAGUUUGAAGCUGAAACAACCAGGGAACAAAAAGGCCGUCCUGGACUCGAAUCCCUUCCUCUCUGAGGCGAACGCUGAAAGAAUCGUUCGGACACUUUGCAAAGUUCGAGGAGCGGCUUUGAAAAUGGGCCAAAUGCUCAGCAUUCAAGACGACGCCUUUAUCAACCCUCAGCUGGCUAAGAUCUUUGAGCGGGUCCGGCAGAGCGCAGACUUCAUGCCCACUAAACAGAUGAUGAAAAUCAUCACUAGCGAUCUGGGCCCGAACUGGAGGGACAGCCUGGAGUACUUCGAAGAGAAGCCGUUUGCGGCCGCCUCCAUCGGUCAGGUUCACUUCGGGAGGCUGAAGGACGGCAGAGAGGUGGCCAUGAAGAUUCAGUACCCGGGAAUCGCCAAGAGCAUAAAGAGCGACGUGAAUAACAUCAUGACUGCACUGAGUUUAAGCAACGCUCUGCCUGAAGGUUUGUUUCCAGAACAUCUUAUUGAGGUCAUGAGUCGUGAGCUAGCUUGGGAGUGUGAUUACAUAAGGGAGGCAAACUGUGCCAGAAAGUUUCAGCAGCUGCUGAAGGAUCACCCGUUUUUCUACGUGCCCGAUGUGAUUGACGAGCUCAGCAGGGAGCGGGUCCUCACCACAACGCUGGUGUCCGGUUUCCCCCUGGACAAGGCCACGGACCUUCCUCAGGAGCUCAGGAAUGAGAUCUGUGAGCAGAUCCUGAUUUUAUGCCUCAGGGAGCUGUUUGAAUUUAGAUUCAUGCAGACCGAUCCAAACUGGUCCAACUUCUUCUACAGCCCACAGAUCCAUAAGGUCGCGCUGUUGGACUUUGGAGCUACAAGAGGAUUUGACAAGAAAUUCACAGACAGCUACAUCGAGAUCAUUAAGGCAGCGGCGGAUCAGAACCGAGAAGGCGUCCUGCUCCAAUCCAGAGACAUGAAGUUCCUCACAGGAUACGAGACAAAGUCGAUGGAGAACGCCCACGUGGACGCCGUGAUGAUCCUUGGCGAGGCCUUCAACUCCCAGGAGCCGUUCGACUUCGGUGAGCAGAGCACCACGGAGCGCAUCCACAGGCUCAUCCCCGUGAUGCUGCGGGAGCGUCUGACGCCGCCGCCGGAGGAGACCUACUCCCUCCACAGGAAGAUGGGCGGCUCCUUCCUCAUCUGCUCCAAGCUGAAAGCCAGAAUCUCCUGCAAGAACAUGUUCCAGGAGGCGUACAGAAACUACUGGAAGGACCGACGCCCCGAUUCCGAACAGUGAAGACUUGUGUUACGUCGGGAUUAUCUUGAAUUAUUAUUUUUUUGUAUCAUGUUGGAACAAUUGACAUGGCGUCGGCUCUGCCCCCAUGCUGACGUAGAGCAAUCCUCCCCCAAUCAUUCCAGGGCACUUGUCAGCAACUGACCAAUCAGCGUUCCAGGUACAGUACUCCGACAAUAUUGACAGUAUCUAUCAUAGAAAAUACGCUGCAGUCAGAGAGAUUUUGAGGAAAAUAAUAAUCACUGUCCAAGUUGUCAGUGGGUAAUAUGCAAUCCCGACGGCCGUCACCCAGAACAUACAGAGGGCGGAAUACAAUUUAUUACAUUUCCAAAAUCAAAAAGGAGUCUGGAAUAACACAAGAAAUGGAUCAUGAACUGCAGAACCACCUCACGUCCAGCUGAAUGAAACUGAUGAACGGGAACUACCACGUUAGUCAGCACCACGAAGGUAACUGGUAGUAAACAUCCCAGUUUUUGUCAUAACGAUACUUACUGAUAGCUCCGUGCUAUCGAUUCAGGGCUCCUAACGUCUCAGGCUCCGUGCUAAGACUUACCAGCUGUGUCCGAAUUCAGGGUCUACAGCCUAUGUAGGAUGGGUCCUACAUAGGCUGUAUGUAGAACAUACAGUAUAUCCUAUGUGUUUAUAUAUAUAACAUAUAGUAAAGGGUGUUGCAUAGUAAAAAAGGAAAUCUGUUAGUGUGAUUCUAAAAUGUUCAAACGUGUAUUGCACUUUUCUACAAGGAAUACAUAUAAGCAAAUUAUUCAUUUACAAAUAUAAUACUCUCCAGAUCUCAGAUAAGACAUUACGGUUAAAUAAACCUAUUAUGUUUGAAGGCUUAACUUUUAAUCAAUCAAACCGAUUUGCUCUGCUUUGAAAUACGUUAGUAAACUAAACAUUUUUCUACCAGAUAUUGCCCGUCUGAAUAAUAUCGGUGUUUAACUUCCACUCACUGGGGAAAGCUAGCGGGAGUUUUUAUAACAAUGUGCCGGGAGUCGGGCGUUCUCCCCCGGUAUACCGAACCUGGAGCGCCCGGCCAGCUAACAGCUGGCGAGGGGAGCUAGCUGCUAACGCAGCGGGAGCAGACAUGUCCGAAAAUGUCCGAGCAAUAUUGCAAUUAGGUGACGUAUUGAUGAACCGAGCAGAUACUUGAGACUUACAUGCUUACAUUCUCGCCUAAAAACGUUGUACCAAAUCACGUUGUCAUUUAAAGUGUAAUAUAGCAAAAAUAAUUGGUCGCUCUUCACCGCCAUUGACGCUCUGCCUGAACGCCCUGUUGGGACCCGCAGUGAAUUAUGGGAUAUGGUGGGCCGUGAAGGUUACACCGGACCCAAACUCCAAAUAUGGGGGAAAGGAGGACUCAUUUGAAGUAGUCUUGGAAUUCGGACAGGCCUUGUCGCCACGCUAUGACGUAACCGGUUUAUAAGGCAAAAAUGAUUCAAAAAAUGUCCAGGGCAACACAUUGAGGUCCGUUAGUCUGCCUUAAUAAUUGUGUGGUUGUCGGAGGACUGCUCUACUUCCGCAUGGGGGCGGAGCCGGCGUCAUGUGGUUCCUUUUUAUUCUUUUACAACUGUUACAUGGUGGGGGAAAAGACGGAACAAAAUGUAUUCCAAUAGCAGCUAUCGUUGUCUUAAUCGAGUGUUUGUUUUGAUAACACCAUCUUUAAUCUCCAUAAGGGUCGAAUAGUUUGUACAUAUCCUUUAAGCCAAUCUGUUGUUUGUACUGUAUAACCUCCCUAUCGUGUGUGGUGAGGGACUACACUCCACCUGAUCUGAACCGUUAGAAAAUAAACUAAUCAUGAUGAUGCUAAAGCAAGACACAAAACCCCCCAAGUAUCCCAAAAAAAUAUGCACGGCGACACCUGAUCGGUUAAAAUCUUUAGCCAUUUAUUGUGGCAAACCCAGCGUUUGAAUUUUUCUGCUUUAACUGAAGAAAAGCAGCAGAGAUGUGUAAAUCUCAAACAAAUCUUUAUGGAAAUUAAACAAACAAACAAACAAAAAACUCUUCUUAGCCCCAAAGUAAGAAUAAAAAGUUGAUUUCUGCGGUGCCUUAUGGUUGAGUGAGUGGAACUCACUGCUAUGUUUUUGUUUUUUUUAAUCCUGAGGGUUUUCUCAGCUGCUCCCUCCUCAAAGUGGGUUUGUUUACGGCCGCCAUGAUGGUGGAAAUAAUCUCGUUCUUUAACAUAAACGCUCCUGAACAGUUGGUGAAUAACGCUUUGUUUCCCCUCUGCCUUCCUCUUUCUGAGCCCUGCCUCUGACUCACUUGCAGAACAAAAAAAAAGGAAGUGCUACUUCUGUCUGAAUGUGGUUUUAACAUCACAGAUGUUUCAUUAACCCUUCUGAGUCCAGCAGACAUGUUCAGCUCUUUGUCACAUUCCUGCUUUUUUUCCUGACACAAGUUUUGCCACAAAUACAGCCGUUACCUCCCACAAGAUCUCAGUGAAAAGCGUGAAUACUUUUGUAAAUUUUUUCAUUUUCAAUAAAUACGCGAAAUGUU